ACGCUGAGCAUUCAUUUUACGCUAGCGGCGCUACCUCCGGUUACCUCGGCCUUGUCGGGGAAGGAUUCCUGUUUCAUUUUUUGUGUGGCACUAAGAUAGAAAAAUGGCCCUACUAACGCCGCUGUUUGCUUUCUUGUAUCACCUGCCGCUGGUGUACAAGUGGCUGCUGAAGCCUUACUAUGUAUCUUCUCUCUUCAUGUCUGUAGCAUUUUUAGCUGUCCGCAAGACGCCUGGUAUCUGCGACCAUCUGUCCUCCCAGCGAGAGGACGGCAACCCCUGCGACUUCGACUGGAGAGAAGUGGAGAUCCUCAUGUUCCUCAGUGCCAUCGUCAUGAUGAAAAACAGACGAGCGAUUACCGUGGAGCAACACGUGGGCAACAUCAUCCUGUUCAGCAAAGUGGCUAACGUCAUCCUGUUCUUCAGACUGGACAUCAGGAUGGGACUGCUCUACCUGACGCUCUGCAUCGUGUGUAUGAUGACCUGUAAGCCUCCUCUUUACAUGGGACCCGAGUACAUCAAAUACUUCAGCGACAAAACCAUCGACGAUGAGCUGGACAGAGACAGUCGUGUGACGUGGAUCGUUGAAUUUUUCGCCAACUGGUCUCCAGAGUGUCAGUCCUUUGCUUCAGUAUACGCUGAUCUCUCUCUAAAGUAUAACUGUGCCGGUCUAAAGUUUGGCAAAGUGGACAUCGGGCGUUACGGAGAGGUCUCGAAGAAGUACAGGGUUUCUACGUCCCCGCUGUCCAAACAGCUCCCCUCCCUGGUGUUGUUUCAGGGGGGGAAGGAGGUGAUGCGGCGCCCCCAGGUGGACAAGAAGUGCAGAGCGGUGUCAUGGAGCUUCACUGAGGAGAACAUCAUCCGAGAGUUCAACCUGAACGAACUGUACCAGAAGUCCAAGAAGCUCAACAAGAACAAAGGAGAAAAGCUCAGCCAAUCACAGUUCCCCCCGGUCCCCGAGGAGGAGGAGCCAGAGCAGCAGGUAGACGAUGCCCAGGAGGAGGAGCCAGAGUCCAAGAAGGACAAAUAAAGACGGUUUGUGUCUUUCACCUCGGACUUGUUCUGGAUAAAAACAUGUGGCUGCUCUUCAAAGUGUUCCGUUUGUUUGAAUGAGAAUAAGACUGAUGUCACCAUCGAUCAACCCUCCCCCUCCUCCUCCUUCUCCUCUUCUUCCUCCUUCUCCUCUUACUGGAAAUAUCACAACAAAAGAAAAGUCCAGACCUUCAUAUUUUUUUUGUUUCAGACCUGUCAGAGUCCCCGGACUGUUGUUUUAUUAUUUGCUUGUUUCUCUUCAGCAACAUUUUCCUCUAAACCUUCUUUAAAAAAACUCGACCUUGGUGCAGCUGCAGUGACCUUGCGUUAUCUUUCUCGUCAUUAGAAAACAAAUAGAACACUUUAGCGGAGGAGCAAACUGGAGAUUUCGCAGCAGGGUGUCAUUUUAAAACCUGGUCCAGUGUUUCAACAUCAGACCAGGAAACGUGCAGUGCAGACAUUCAGAUCAGAGAGCUGGACUAAGAAGUGAGACUAAUGGGUAAAUUGGUGUUCAGAGUUUUUAGUAUCAUGAAGCUGGCUCCUCUCUUGUUUUUCAUUCAUAAUUUUGCCAUUGACAUUCCCAGUAAUAACGCCACAAAAGAAGGCCGUGCAGUUAGCGUAGAUCAAACUGUGUGCAUCAGGAAUCUCAUGUACUCGCAUUGUGAUGCAAAGGAGCUAAAACACUUUUAAAAAAUGGCCGAUGCAUCUGAACCUGUUGAACAAAAGUGAAGCCAAAAUACUCCCACGAUGGCCGCUGACAGAUUACACAUUCGGAGUCAAAGUCUGCAAAGUAAGGAAUCAGCUGCUGGAGUCGCUUUAUGACAUCACGCAGCUUCCACUAACUUAUGUUAGUGUUCAUUACGUUUCCUCUCACCGCUCCUCCUCCACUCUAAUCCCACACAGUGCUUCAGGGGCCUCAUUUGUUAACAGAGCUGUCAAUCAUGACAUCAUACAUCUUUUCUAUAGCAUCAAUAACGGAAAAAUGAACACUGACAUAAAUCAGCAUUAGAAGUGACUCUUAACACAGAAACCACGCUUGCGAAAAAUGCUUCUGACAUGAAUUUUAAUUAUAUAGUUUGAACCCUUGUCCGACAUAUUGGGUGCUUAUCACUUCUAUUUGUGUCGCUAUGGUAACGAAACAGAAUACUAGUCAAACUCAAAGUCUAACAAAGACGGGUAAAAACCAGCUUCAUGAUACGUUAUCUCUAACUGGAGCUUCAGGCUUUGUUGAUCCGGAUUCCUCAAAGACGGUUUGGAGAAGGUGAACGUGUCCUGUAGUCCAGCCCUCUCGUCUGAGUCGUCGCUGCACGUUUAUCCUGAUGAAGCUGUGAAGUCUGAGUGAGCGGAGGUUUUUACUGAAAGGGAGCAAUGAAUGUGAUGCGACUUUAAUGUUUCUGAUACAGAUUAUUUUAUGCAACUAAUUUAAUAUUGAGUAGAUUUUUUUUUUUGUAAUUAUUCUAUGAUUAACUGUGUUUUUGUAAAUGAUCCUGUAACUCGAAGGUACACACACACACACACACACACACAGAGUACGCUUUGUGCUGUUAUGGUAAAGUAUUCAACCACAGUGUUCGGGAGGGAUCAGAAAUAUUGAAGCAAAUUCUUGACACAAGAAGUCGAAGAAGAGAUUUUUUUGAGCUUAAUAGAAAAUAACUCGCCUCGUUUUCAUCUGAGGAUUUCGUCGCAGCUGUUACAGCCUAUUUCAUGGCGGCAGGCUGAAGCAGUUCUACAAAUGAACAACUUGCUCACCUAAAACAAAAAGUAUAAAGAGGUUUCAUGUUGAGAACUCCCAGAUUAAAGGAAUAGUCGAACAGCGUCUCUUUUCUGCUGUCAUGAACUAAACUCGGUUCUGCCUCAACUUUAAUCAAAUUUGACUGAUUCACACUCCUUUUGUUUGUCUCAUUGUUUCUUAAAUUCAUUUAAUUUGCUUCUUUAAUAAUGAACCCGUUUGCCGUCUGCUUUCAUCCCUUAACUGCCAAUUUCCAUAUAGUUUGUGCAAGCUGCGUUCAGUCAGCGCCACAGUUUUGCUUGGUCGGAUGCCGUGCGCCCCGCCCCACUGAGUCUGAUUCUGGAGCGUGAGCGCAGCCAUGAGCAGCAACUACAAGAUCACACUGGAAUAAAGAGAAAAAAUAUGU